AUGGGCAAGAAGAAACGACGCGAGGACAGCGCGGGUGGUGACGCUCCCCAGCGACGCAUCUACUGCUACUACUGCGAGCGCAACUUUGACGACGAGAAGGUGCUGAUUCUACAUCAGAAAGCGCGGCAUUUCAAGUGUCCCACAUGCUACAAGAAACUCAGUACCAUUAGUGGCAUGAGCAUUCACAUCCAGCAAGUGCACAAAGAGAGUCUCAAGAGCAUUCCGAACGCAAAGCCGGGCAAAGAAAGCGUCGACGUGGAAGUCUAUGGCAUGGAAGGCAUACCAGACGCAACUGAAGGGGAAUCGAAGAAACCGAGGCUGGAGGGACCUGGUGGGACACUGAUUGGGCGAUAUCCUGGUCGAGGGGUGCCACCGCCGGUCUUUAGUGGCGGUCGAGGACCUCUACCGAUGCAGUUUCCGGUAGGAAUGACGCCUCCUGGUGCAGGGAUGUCCAUGCGGCCUCCUCCCCCUCGAGCUUUUAUUCCUGGUGGAGUUCUGCCGCCUUCUCAUGCACCAGGCUUUCCUGUGUAUGGUGGUGGUAUACCACCGCAAUGGGCUAGAGGACUCGUGCCACCCGGCUCGAUGGUUCCUCCUUCUCAAGCUGCUCUUGGAUAUGCUAAUCAAGGAAGGCUGGGACCUGGACUUGGUCCUGGCGCAGCUCCUUUGGCUGUGACAAUCGGUAGUACAAACAUUUUUGAUGGGGCAGCGCAAAAAGCAGUAAAACACGAUCUUGGGCUAGUGUAUGCGGACGAGAAUGUAUCCAUGGAAGAGAAGCGUGCACGCCGACCGAAGUACGCUUACAAACUACUAGGAGCAUCUGCUUGUGCUGGCGGGAGCAGAGUGACGUGA